AUCCGAUCGAGGUCUCAAAUCUAGAACUUGCGAUCUCAUACUCCAUGAGCUACCAUACCUGGGCGAAAGGCUACGUUGAAGCAAACGCUGCUACAAACACUGCCGUCAAGCUAGAACACAGCCUCCAACAUACCCCAAUCAACCUCUCGGAGAGAGUAUUCCCCGCAUACUUGCAUGCAGCUGGACUGUGGUCAAACUUGCUGGCAUCGGGACUGGCCGCUCCAACCUCGACCUACACCGAGCCCAUCUCUUUCGUGACGACCAGCUCGAGGCAGGAUGCUGAAAUCGGAGACAAGAACGAGGCCAAGAAGAAGUGGAGGCUGUGUUUGGAGAGAGGGAAGCUCAUCAAGACUCGUAUCAAGGAGAUGGGCGUAGAGGUUGCCAAGAAUGGACAGGAUAUCAUCACCCAGUCGGCGGUUGGAGUUCCCGUGCUGAACGUCGAGGCAGCGCAGACGAGUCUGCUUCGGCAGUCCAGCUCAGUUAACGGCGUGUUCGUCCCGUUAUGGGAUGACACUCAAGCACCGGGAUGGUUCAACUCGAUCGCCAACGAGGCCGGACCUUCGAAGCGUUAUGGAAAGCGUCCCGGCCUCAAUCUGGAGCAAACAGCCUAUCGACCAGAGUGGCGACCUUUGGGCGGGACUGCACCUAGUUCACCGAACACCCAGAACCAGAAAGAGAUGGUUCGACUCAUCAAGGUAGAACAAGGAAUGGGAGCGAAUUGCUCAGUCGUUGUCGGUCUUGAGCUAUGCUUAAAGCACAACCUGAAGUGGACCCGACGGCUGGUUCAAGAGAGUCUGGAGCCGAUACCUCGCGGGUCGCACAAAGUUUCAGCGCCUGCUGAUGUGCAGUGGUACAAGACCAAAAUGUUCGUCAACGGCAGUUGGAGAGCGGUCGUCAUAGACGAUACUCUACCACAGACCACCAACCCGGACGUGCAUCUAUGUGCUACUGUCGUCCGGGAUGUUCCGUCAACAGGCGACCCUGAGCUAGAUGCAGAAGCUGAAGAAAACCCUAUCAAGCCGGAACUCCAGCAAGCGAUCGAUAUAGCUAACGCAUGGGUGCCUUUGGUCGAGAAGGCAUACAUGACGCUUCAUUCAGGGUAUGAUUUCCCGGGAUCCAUCCCUUCGCUCGACCUGUACACCUUGACAUCCUGGAUACCAGAACGACUGCAGUUCAACUCGCCUGGUUUCAGGAGAGAGCGGACUUGGAAACGGUUGAUUGACGGUCAGGAACGGGGGACCUGUCUCAUAGCCCUAGGUACGGGAAGAAACGUCAGAGGAACUACUGGGUUGGCUCCCUUGCAUGCCUAUGGGGUUAGUCAGGUAUGGGAGGAAAUGGACGGACGACGGAGAGUUCGGGUGGAUAACCCUUGGAAGCGUAAUCGUCCCGCGGACAUCGUGGGUACCACAUCACACACGGAAUGGACCCGUGAUCUUCGCAACACUCUGGUGGAAGAAGAACAUACCCCUCAUACCUUGAUCUUCUCGUGGGACGAAAUUUGCAACCGUUUCGAAACUUUGGAGCUAAAUUGGAAUCCGCAACUGUUUGCCAACAUGAAAGAUCUACAUUCACGUAUCGAGCCAGCUUCCGAACACCGUGUCUUGCCCACUUAUCGGCUCGAGGUGGAAUCGCAAUUGCCUGGUGCCGAGGUGUGGCUGCUCUUGGUGCGCCACUUCUCAGAUAACGAGGCAAGUAUUAGAGAGAAGCCCCCCAUGGCUCUGCAUGUGGACGAAGAAGACGAUGUAUCGGCAGGGGAAUUCUGGAAAAUGGAAGAAGCAGACCAGGUCGAUUUCCUUGACAGCCCCUUGGUUCUCGUCAAACAUACGUGCUUACGGGAAAGCGCCGUCCUGAAAAUCGCCCCCAUCAUCGAAUCGUCAAAAGACCGAGCGAUCACCUAUAGUAUAAUCGCAUACUCGGAUGCCAAUCUGAUCUUCAAACGAUUGCCAAAAAAGCUGCCGUAUGAGGUCAUGGAAAAAGGCAGUUUCUCGGAGCGCUCAGCAGGCGGAAACCCAACUUUGCCCACAUUCAUGAAUAAUCCUCAGUACAAGCUCGAGAUUCGGCCCUCGAUAGACAGAGGGAAUAAGCAAGAGGCGAUUUUAAGAAUCGCGUUGUCGAGCUCGAACCGGAAACUGCCCCUAGACAUCAAACUCAUGAGGGACGGCAAGAGAAAGACAAAUUGCAUGACCAGAGACAUCGUGAUGGGUUCCAGACAAUAUCGACGGGGCAUCACGCAAGCGGAAGGCGACAAGAUCUCCCCUGGAUCGUAUACUAUCAUCGUCUCCAGUUAUGAUGCUGGCAAAUUAGGCGACUUUGAACUUGUGGUCGAAGCGAAUCUGCCAGUAUCGAUCACAGCCAUCCCUCAAGAAGGUGCUGGCAUGCAUCAACGAGUAAUGAAGGGUGCCUGGUCAGAAAAGAAUGCGGCUGGAAGGCCCUCAGCUGGCGCAUACGAGAGCAAUCCCAAAUUUGAGCUCUUGGUUACCGCUCCGGUCUCGGCAUUCGCUCGGUUACAGCUCGCCGAAGCCACGGAUACACCAAUCAACUUGACCGUGUUCAAGCGCAACCCAGGAGGAGCGCUCGGGGAUCAGGUCGUUUCUUCAGGUCCAUAUUCUAACGCCGCUUCCGGCGUGCUCGUUCCGACUACGCGGUUCGAGCCUGGGAUUUACGUGGUCGUAGCGUCGACCUACUCUGCUGGGUUCUGGGGUUCAUUCAAGCUCAGCGUGUACGGUAGCGGUGUCAUAGACCUCACGGCAGUGUGAUCAACAACAAGCUGUAACUCGUCGAUGUAACGACAGGUCACGUGAGCGUGAGACAUAUGCCAACCCGCGACCUUCCUUAACAAUAAUAUCUUCUCGUGG